AUGCGCCUGAACGCACAGGCAUUGGGUUCUCUCAGCCCUGCAGAACAGAGCUUGUUCACUCUCUUUGGAUGCGGUGAAAGUCGUCGAGUUCCGUUCUCCUGCGUCCACCACGCAUUCGAGUACUAUGCCAGCUCUCAACCGUCUGCAGUUGCCGUUGAGCACCUCGGAGACUCAAUAUCGUACGCAGAGCUGGAUCGCCAGUCCAGCGCUCUCGCAUACCACUUGCGAAACAUGGGUAUUAGACCAGGAACGAGAGUUCUACUCCUCGUCCAGAGAUCUAUCCCUAUGGUUAUUGGUAUUCUUGCUAUUCUCAAGGCAGGAGGUCAAUAUGUACCUCUUGAUGGCGGCAUCGUCACUCAAUCUACGCUCGAAUUCAUUGCUGAAGAUAGCAACGCGUCCGUGAUCCUUGUAUUGCGGGCGUUUGUGCACCGGACAUCUAAUUUUACCCAUCGGCAAGUGGUGGUUCUCGAAGACGCGCUCGCGAUCGCAGACCGGGACGAUCGCCAUCAUGCCAAGCCUCAUGACCUGUCUUCCCCAGACGAUGGGGUUUACGUCAUUUACACUUCCGGCACCACUGGCAAGCCGAAGGGCGUCUCGGUGAUGCAUCGCAACGUAACAAAUUUGGUUUGCUUAGAACCAGGAAAUGUCGGGAUGGCUCCAGGCAUGCGUGUUGCCCAAUUAUUAAAUGUUGCAUUUGACAUGUGUGCGUGGGAAGUCCUCGGAUCUCUGAGCAAUGGUUGUACAUUGUGCAUCCGUGGGAAGUCUUCGAAGGAAUGGCGUGCUGUGAUGAAGUCGGUCGAUAUUAUUAUUGCGACGCCGUCGAUUCUUGCGCCUCAUGACCCGUCGGAUUAUCCGAACGUUAAGUUUGUUGCAACCGCGGGCGAAGUCUGUCCACAAUCACUGGCAGAUAGAUGGGGUAAAUCAGCACAGUUUUUCAACAGUUGCGGGCCGACAGAAAUCACUAUUGUAAACACAGUGCAACCGCAUAUUCCUGGCAACGUCCUAAGCAUCGGACGGCCCACCCCGAACAACACGGUUUACAUCCUUGAUGAAAGUAUGCAGCCACUUCCAAUCGGUCAAAAGGGUAUUAUGUGGGCCGGAGGAGCUGGCAUCACGCAAGGCUAUAUCAAUCUUCCAGAGAAAACGAACGAACGUUAUCAACUAGAUCCGUUCUUGAUUGAUGGGAGUAUCAUGUUCAAUACCGGAGAUCUCGGAAGAUGGAGGCCUGAUGGACAACUUGAACAUCUCGGUCGUGUUGAUGACCAAGUCAAAGUCAAAGGCUUCCGUGUCGAGCUAGAUGGUGUUGCAGCAGCUAUGGAGACUUGUGCAGACGUGAAGGCUGCUACUGUCCUACUUGUUGGCGGAGAACUAUGGGGAUUCAUUACCCCCGAUAAAGUCGAUAUUGAAGCAGUUCGGGCGGCGACGGCUAAAAUACAGCCUUAUUAUGCCGUUCCUUCCCAAUUUUACUGCCUUUCAGACUUCCCGCUUACAAGCAACGGUAAAAUUGACAAGCGGACUCUCCGCGUCAUAGCUGAAGAGGCAACUGAAUCGAACAAGGAGUCUCGUAUUCUCAUCCCUUCGAAGAAGGUCAACCUAGACGUUACCAUUCCUGCUGGUCAAGUUCCUCGGGUGCGCGCUGUGCCGCUCGCUGGCAUGCUCUGGUCAGAAGCGACUCCAUUGCCUGUCGCCCCCCCUCCCGUUUACCAGAAAGACGCCCAUGCUUCGGAAAUGGCCUUCGUUUCUUCUCAUAUCGAUGGGUCUGUAUCGAGUUCAUCAAGUUCACUCGACGAGAAAAUCAAACCGACAGACAUGGAAAAGGGUCGAAGCCUCGGAUGGGAAGGCUACGAAACUGAAACCCUUCCAGACAAAGUCCAUGGACAUUACCUACGCAACUUGCGUCACCAAAUCUUCACUCUAUACCGACGCCUAUUUGGUGUCGUAUUUGUCGUCAACAUGGCGAUACUAAUUGCUACCAUCGUCAAGAAAGCAUAUGAUGCGCAGAGCCUUGGUCUUAUCGUAGUAGCUGAUCUCUUUUGUGCUGUCCUCAUGCGCCAAGACUAUGUCAUCAACGCAUUCUUUAAUGUGUUCUGCGCCAUUCCCGCCUCCUGGCCCCUUUCCAUUCGUCGCGUUGCUGCAAGAGUCUAUCAUAUUGGUGGCUUACACUCGGGUUGCGCGAUAUCCGGUGUUAUCUGGUUGAUCGCCUUCACAGUCCAAGCGACAGUAGAGUUGAUGCACGGCGGCAGAACUUCGGCUGCAACCGUCGCAAUUACGUAUUUCAUCCUGUCUCUACUUCUAGGUAUCGUCGCUUUUGCAUACCCCAAGUUCAGGACGGUUGCGCAUGACCGGUUUGAGCGAACUCACCGUUUCCUGGGAUGGACUGCUGUUGUGUAUGUCGUGCUCCUUACAAAUGACUAUCGCGCCGUUGGACAAUCGCUCGGCCAGGCGCUGAUUAGAGCCCCGCCGUUUUGGCUCGUAGUCAUUUUGACUUUGUCUAUUAUUCUUCCAUGGACUCGCCUUCGUAAAGUCCCCGUUCGCGCAGAGGUUCUGUCUCCACAUGCUGUAAGGAUGUACUUCGACUAUGUCACCCCUGUUCCUGGGACAUUCACCAGGAUCUCGGAGAGUCCUCUUCUAGAAUGGCAUGGAUUUGCCACUGUCCCCGAGCCAGGAAUGAAGGGCUAUUCGUUAGUCGUCUCAAGAGCCGGUGAUUGGACUAGCAGGCAAAUCGAGAAUCCUCCUACAUCCCUCUGGGUCCGUGGGAUUCCGACGUGUGGUGUACUGAGGAUUGUUCCUCUAUUCCGCCGGCUUGUCUUCGUUGCUACUGGAAGCGGAAUUGGACCGUGUGCACCAUGUAUUUUAGAGAAGCGCAUCCCGAUUCGACUCCUGUGGACUUCCCCUAACGUCCGAAAGACAUUCGGCGACAAGCUCGUCGACUCCAUUCUCGAAGCGUCUCCUGGAGCUGUUAUUUAUGAUACUCGCACUCACGGGAAGCCAGACAUGGUAAAACUGACAUAUCGACUUGUCCGUGAAUUCGAGGCAGAGGCUGUUUGCGUUAUCUCAAACCAGAAGUUGACAAGGAAGAUUGUAUACGGUAUGAUGAGUCGCGGGAUUCCUGCAUUCGGAGCCAUCUGGGAUUCAUAA